GUCAGUCCGUAGGAAAGCUGUCUGGCUUGGAGGUUGCAAUCCCAGGGAAUUUUUCAUCAGCGGGGAAGUCUCCAUCACUACAGAGGAAUCAAGGGAGAAGUCAGUCCCUGGGAAGUGAGAUGCUCCCCCUAAACACCAACACAGCAGUCGUGUACCUUUCAAGGGGUUCAGGGGCAAGAUGGGCAAGGCAUUUCUGCUAACUCUUCUUAAGGAUCAUGGACAGUGCCCUAUGCUACGAGACUGGUGUUUCAUCUUGACGAGUUCUCUGUCAGUCCGUAGGAAAGCUGUCUGGCUUGGAGGUUGCAAUCCCAGGGAAUUUUUCAUCAGCGGGGAAGUCUCCAUCACUACAGAGGAAUCAAGGGAGAAGUCAGUCCCUGGGAAGUGAGAUGCUCCCCCUAAACACCAACACAGCAGUCGUGUACCUUUCAAGGGGUUCAGGGGCAAGAUGGGCAAGGCAUUUCUGCUAACUCUUCUUAAGGAUCAUGGACAGUGCCCUAUGCUACGAGACUGGUGUUUCAUCUUGACGAGUUCUCUGUCAGUCCGUAGGAAAGCUGUCUGGCUUGGAGGUUGCAAUCCCAGGGAAUUUUUCAUCAGCGGGGAAGUCUCCAUCACUACAGAGGAAUCAAGGGAGAAGUCAGUCCCUGGGAAGUGAGAUGCUCCCCCUAAACACCAACACAGCAGUCGUGUACCUUUCAAGGGGUUCAGGGGCAAGAUGGGCAAGGCAUUUCUGCUAACUCUUCUUAAGGAUCAUGGACAGUGCCCUAUGCUACGAGACUGGUGUUUCAUCUUGACGAGUUCUCUGUCAGUCCGUAGGAAAGCUGUCUGGCUUGGAGGUUGCAAUCCCAGGGAAUUUUUCAUCAGCGGGGAAGUCUCCAUCACUACAGAGGAAUCAAGGGAGAAGUCAGUCCCUGACUGGUGUUUCAUCUUGACGAGUUCUCUGUCAGUCCGUAGGAAAGCUGUCUGGCUUGGAGGUUGCAAUCCCAGGGAAUUUUUCAUCAGCGGGGAAGUCUCCAUCACUACAGAGGAAUCAAGGGAGAAGUCAGUCCCUGACUGGUGUUUCAUCUUGACGAGUUCUCUGUCAGUCCGUAGGAAAGCUGUCUGGCUUGGAGGUUGCAAUCCCAGGGAAUUUUUCAUCAGCGGGGAAGUCUCCAUCACUACAGAGGAAUCAAGGGAGAAGUCAGUCCCUGACUGGUGUUUCAUCUUGACGAGUUCUCUGUCAGUCCGUAGGAAAGCUGUCUGGCUUGGAGGUUGCAAUCCCAGGGAAUUUUUCAUCAGCGGGGAAGUCUCCAUCACUACAGAGGAAUCAAGGGAGAAGUCAGUCCCUGACUGGUGUUUCAUCUUGACGAGUUCUCUGUCAGUCCGUAGGAAAGCUGUCUGGCUUGGAGGUUGCAAUCCCAGGGAAUUUUUCAUCAGCGGGGAAGUCUCCAUCACUACAGAGGAAUCAAGGGAGAAGUCAGUCCCUGACUGGUGUUUCAUCUUGACGAGUUCUCUGUCAGUCCGUAGGAAAGCUGUCUGGCUUGGAGGUUGCAAUCCCAGGGAAUUUUUCAUCAGCGGGGAAGUCUCCAUCACUACAGAGGAAUCAAGGGAGAAGUCAGUCCCUGACUGGUGUUUCAUCUUGACGAGUUCUCUGUCAGUCCGUAGGAAAGCUGUCUGGCUUGGAGGUUGCAAUCCCAGGGAAUUUUUCAUCAGCGGGGAAGUCUCCAUCACUACAGAGGAAUCAAGGGAGAAGUCAGUCCCUGACUGGUGUUUCAUCUUGACGAGUUCUCUGUCAGUCCGUAGGAAAGCUGUCUGGCUUGGAGGUUGCAAUCCCAGGGAAUUUUUCAUCAGCGGGGAAGUCUCCAUCACUACAGAGGAAUCAAGGGAGAAGUCAGUCCCUGGGAAGUGAGAUGCUCCCCCUAAACACCAACACAGCAGUCAUGUACCUUUCAAGGGGUUCAGGGGCAAGAUGGGCAAGGCAUUUCUGCUAACUCUUCUUAAGGAUCAUGGACAGUGCCCUAUGCUACGAGACUGGUGUUUCAUCUUGACGAGUUCUCUGUCAGUCCGUAGGAAAGCUGUCUGGCUUGGAGGUUGCAAUCCCAGGGAAUUUUUCAUCAGCGGGGAAGUCUCCAUCACUACAGAGGAAUCAAGGGAGAAGUCAGU